AUGGAGCACUGUCGGGACGACGCCGAUGCGAAAAAAGCUCGAAUCGGCGGGAAACCGACGACUCGAGUCCCUCCGAGUUUCCGUCUGACGCAGAGCGUAGCGAUUGAGGAACAGUCAUCGAAUAAGCGCCCUUUUAUGGCGGGCUUCACCGCGUUUCCCCCGAAACGGGGACUCUACAAUCCGGAGAAUGAACGCGAGGCCUGCGGAGUCGGUUUCGUCGUCUCCAUCGAUGGGAAUCAAACCCACAAACUCAUCACCGAUGCCGAGACGAUCGCUCGGAGAAUGGAGCAUCGGGGCGCAUGCUCAUGUGAUAACAAUACCGGAGAUGGAGCCGGUGUCAUGGUUGGCCUUCCUCACACCUUUUACCAAAAAAUCGUCAAGGACGAGUUGGGAUUCGAUCUUCCGGAAAAAGGCAAAUACGCCACGGGGAUCGUGUUUCUCGAGAGCCUCAAGGCAACCGAGACCGAAGCGGCUUUCGAAGCAGAAGCCACCGCAGAUGGUCUUAAAGUUCUCGGAUGGCGAACUGUUCCCACGGAUUCGACGUUCUUGGGGAACGUCGCCCGAUCUACGGAGCCAUUGAUGCGACAGGUUUUCGUGGCUCCAGCGAACGGCCAAGACGAAGAAACUUUCAGAAGGGACUGCUUCGUUUUGCGCAAAGCCUCUUCACAUAAAAUUCCGGCUACCGGUCUCCGAUACUAUAUCUGCUCGCUGAACUUGGACACCGUCGUCUACAAGGGGCAACUCACAUCCUCUCAAUUGUGGAAGUACUUCCUGGACCUACAGAGGCCGGACUUUGAAACCUACUUGGCUCUGGUCCAUGCUCGAUUCUCAACGAACACUUUCCCCUCUUGGGAACGAGCGCAUCCUCUCAGGGUGCUGGCCCACAACGGUGAAAUCAACACCCUCCGAGGCAAUGUAAAUCUGAUGCGAGCACGAGAGGGAGUCAUGAACACCAAUCUGUUCGGGGACAAGCUGCGCGAGCUGUAUCCCGUUGUCGAGCCGAAUCUCAGCGAUUCAGGGAGUGUCGAUACCGUUCUUGAGUUUCUGGUGAUGGCUGGUCAGCGAUCUCUGCCCGAGGCUGUAAUGACCAUGGUACCCGAAGCGUGGCAUAACGAUGAUCUGAUGCGCCCGGAGAAAAAAGAAUACUAUCAGUGGAGUGCCUGCGCCAUGGAACCAUGGGACGGCCCUGCCUUGUUGACCUUCACCGAUGGUCGUUACGUGGGAGCUGUCCUCGAUCGGAACGGCCUCCGUCCGGCCCGCUACUAUAUCACCAACGAUAACUACAUGGUGAUGGCUAGUGAGGUCGGAGUCCUCGACAUCCCGACAGAAUCGAUCGUUCAGAAGGGCAGGUUGAGGCCUGGUCGAAUGCUCCUUAUCGACACCAAGGAGCACAUCGUCACCAAAGAUGAGGAGCUCAAGCUCCAGAUAGCCAAGCAGAGACCUCUGAAAGAAUGGCUCAAGGAAUUGUUCACGAUGGAAGAUCUGCACCGCGAACAAGGAAGGCUCGAUCAGCCCAUCAGCGUUGUUGUCGAGAAACAGGGCAGCGGGGACGUGUUUACCGACAAGCGGCUCGGUCUCUUCGGCUACACAAUCGAAACCGUGAAUUUGCUUCUACUACCGAUGAUCCAUGACAACAAAGAAGCGUUGGGUUCGAUGGGGAACGACGCAGCUUUCGCAUGUCUUUCAAAAUACCAGCCAUUGGUCUACGACUAUUUCAAACAGCUGUUCGCUCAAGUGACCAAUCCGCCGAUGGACCCGUUCCGUGAGAAGAUCGUCAUCUCAUUGGCCUGUCCGAUCGGCCCCGAAGCCAAUAUUCUCCAACCGUCCAGCUUGCAAUGCCGGCGUCUCUGGCUGAACCACCCGAUAAUUUCCUCGAAGGACAUGACCACCCUGAAGUCCAUAACCCACAAAGGCUGGAAGACGAAGGUCAUCGACAUGGUAUACUCGGUCACCCAGGGCCCUGACGGCCUGGUCCGGGCCAUCGACAGGAUCUGCAACGAGGCCUGCCAGGCGGCCAAGGACGGCUACACGCUCGUCGUCCUGUCCGACAAGAAGGCCGGCAAGGAGUUUGUGCCGGUGAGCGCGGCGUUGGCCGUCGGCGCCGUCCACCACCAUCUGAUCAACGAACGGCAGCGCAUGAAGGUCGGUCUCGUACUCGAGACCGGCGAAGCCCGCGAAGUCCAUCAGAUCUGCGUGCUGCUCGGCUACGGAGCCGACGCCAUAUGCCCGUACAUGGUCUACGAGCUGAUGGCUCAACUGCGGGCCGACGGUCUGCUCGACGUUCAGUACACGGACGAUCGAAUUUUCAAAGCGUACUCACAGGCCAUGUACACUGGAAUCUCGAAGGUCAUGGCCAAAAUGGGUAUCGCCACCCUGCAAUCGUACAAGGGAGCCCAGAUAUUCGAAAUCGUGGGUCUCUCGCAGGAAGUUGUCGACAAAUGUUUCAAGAACAGCGCCUCUCGCAUCAGCGGCUGCACGUUCCGGCACCUGGCCGACGACACAUUCGAGCGGCACAAGAUCGCCUACGCGGACCAUCUCUGCGACACGUUCGUGCUCCGCAAUCCCGGCCAGUACCAUUGGCGGUCGGGGGGCGAGAGCCACGUGAACGAUCCGCUCUCGGUGGCCAAUCUCCAAGAGGCCGCCAAGUCGAACUCGCACGAGUCCUACGAGAAAUUCGUCGAGAGUACCAUGAAGUCCAUCCGACAGUGCACCCUCCGGGGCCAGUUCGACAUCAUCGAGGCCAAACAUCCGCUCGACGUGAGCCUCGUCGAGCCCGCAGCUUCGAUCGUCAAACGAUUCUGCACCGGGGCCAUGUCGUUCGGAUCAAUCUCUAUCGAGGCUCACACGACGCUCGCGAUCGCCAUGAACGCCGUCGGAGGGAAGUCCAACACCGGCGAAGGCGGGGAAAACGCCGACCGUUGGGCGCAGCAGAAGCCCGGCGAGAACAAGAGGUCCGCCAUCAAGCAAGUCGCGUCAGGUCGUUUCGGUGUGACGGCCGCCUACCUCGCGAACAGCGACGAGCUCCAGAUCAAAAUGGCUCAGGGCGCCAAACCCGGAGAAGGCGGCGAACUGCCUGGAUUCAAGGUGUCGAAAGAUAUCGCAAAGACCCGUCAUUCCAUUCCGGGCGUUGGUCUCAUCUCGCCACCCCCUCAUCACGACAUCUAUUCCAUCGAGGAUUUAAGUGAACUCAUCUACGACCUCAAGUGUUCUAAUCCCAAAGCCCGGAUUUCGGUGAAACUGGUAUCCGAAGACGGGGUCGGUGUCGUCGCGUCCGGCGUCGCCAAGGGCAAGGCCGAACACAUCACCAUCUCUGGACACGACGGAGGCACUGGAGCUUCCAGCUGGACAGGAAUCAAGGGGGCGGGACUCCCGUGGGAGCUGGGAAUCGCCGAGACCCACCAGACACUGGUCCAGAAUGAUCUCAGAUCUCGGAUUGUCCUCCAAGCCGACGGACAGAUCCGGACCGGCUUCGACGUGGUCGUCGCCGCUCUGCUCGGUGCCGACGAGUUUGGCUUCUCGACCGCUCCUCUCAUCGUGAUGGGCUGCACAAUGAUGCGCAAAUGUCACCUGAACACCUGCCCCGUCGGUGUUGCGACACAAGACCCGGAGUUGCGUAAGAAGUUCACCGGAAAACCCGAGCACGUCAUCAACUACCUGUUCCUUCUCGCUGAAGAGGUUCGGAAGCAUCUGGCCAAAAUGGGGCUCACAUCGCUCCAGGAGGCCAUCGGUCGAACGGACCUCCUCAAAAUCUACGACGGUCCCGACCGUAACGCCCGCGGGGCGUAUCUCGACCUGUCACCGGUUCUGCUGAGCGCAGUGAGCUUGCGACCGGGAACCAACAUCAAGGGCGGAUCUAUCAGACAGGACUUCGGGCUCGGCAAGCGUAUGGACAAUCUCCUCAUCAAGCAAACCCAGGCGGUCAUCGACGGCAGGUCAAAGGAAGCUACGAUCCACAUGGAUAUCACCAAUGAGGAUCGGGCUUUCGCGACCACCCUCGCAUACCAUAUCGCCGCCAAGUACGAUGAUGCUGGCUUGCCCGACGACUCGAAAAUCGAUAUUUUCCUCAAGGGCUCCGCCGGCCAAUCCUUCUGCGCUUUCCUCAACCACGGCACGUACGUCACGCUGGAGGGCGACGCCAACGACUACGUCGGCAAAGGCCUCUCGGGCGGGGAGAUCGUCAUCGUUCCCCCUCCGAACGCGCCGAGCGAUUUCAAGAGCGAGGAGAACAUCAUCGCCGGAAACGUCUGUCUGUACGGCGCCACUCGCGGGAAGGCGUUCUUCCGCGGAGGCGCGGCGGAACGAUUCGCUGUUCGUAACUCCGGAGCGACGGCUGUCAUCGAGUUCGUGGGCGACCACGGCUGCGAGUACAUGACCGGCGGAAUCGUCAUGAUACUGGGUCUGACGGGUCGCAAUUUCGCGGCCGGAAUGUCGGGCGGGAUCGCUUACGUGCUCGACGUCGACGGAAUGUUCCACACCAGGUGCAACACCGAAAUGUGCGACCUGCUCCCGCUCGAGAGUCAGGAGGAUCUCAGUUUGGUGAAAAAUCUCAUCGAGGAGUUCGCCUCGAAGACCGGCUCGAACGUGGCCAAGGGUCUUUUGGCCGAAUGGCCGGCGUCGGCGAAGAAGUUCCUGAAGGUCUUCCCUCACGAAUACCAGCGAGCUCUCAAGCAGAUGGCCGAAGAACAGGCCGAGGAGAAGGUCCAGUCACCACCACAAGCGCCGCCGAAAGCCGUCGAGCAAGCGCCGCCGUUGAAGGACAUCGAAGACGUCGGCGGAAAGCCGGACAAAGUCCGCGGGUUCAUGAAAUACAAACGCGAGGUUCAGUACUACCGGCCGGCCGAGCAACGUCUCCAGGACUGGAAGGAGAUCUACAACCACACCCACGUUCGCAAGAAUCUCAAGACGCAGGCCGCGCGCUGCAUGGAGUGCGGAGUGCCGUUUUGUCAGUCGUCGCACGGAUGUCCACUGGGCAACAUCAUCCCCAAAUGGAACGAUCUCGUAUACCAGGGCAACUGGCAAGAGGCUCUCCAUCAGCUCCUCCAGACGAACAAUUUCCCCGAGUUCACGGGUCGAGUGUGUCCCGCACCCUGCGAAGGAGCUUGUGUGCUCGGCAUUAACGAGCCGGCCGUAACCAUAAAGAAUAUCGAAUGCGCGAUCAUCGACAAAGGAUUCGAAAUGGGCUGGAUGACGCCGCACCCCCCGGAGAACCGUUCCGGGAAAAAGGUCAUCGUCGUCGGCUCGGGCCCCGCCGGUCUCGCCGCCGCCGCGCAGCUCAACAAGGCCGGUCACACGGUGACGGUCUACGAGAGGAACAGCCGUGUUGGCGGUCUCUUGAGAUACGGAAUUCCGACGAUGAAACUCGGGAAGGACGUCGUCGAUCGCCGAGUGAAACUCAUGCAGGAGGAAGGCAUCACAUUCAUCUGCAAUAAAAAUAUCGGCAAGGACGUCACCGGCAAACAGCUCCUGUCCCAAUGCGAUGCUCUUUGCCUGACCACCGGGUCGACAUGGCCGCGGGACUUGCCCAUUCCCGGACGCAAUCUCGAGGGAAUUCAUUUCGCUAUGAGUUUCCUGGAGAAGUCGCAGAAGAAACUGGCCGGCGACGAUCUGCCGAUCAUCAGCGCCAAGGACAAGAACGUUGUCGUCAUCGGCGGAGGAGACACCGGGGUCGAUUGCAUCGCGACCUCGUUGCGACAGGGUGCUAAGAAUGUCAUCACGUUCGAAAUUCUCCCGCAGCCUCCAGAUGUCCGAGCUGAGAAUAACCCUUGGCCCCAGUGGCCUCGGAUCAUGCGUGUCGAUUAUGGCCACGAAGAAGUUCGGCUCAGACACGGCAGAGACCCACGCCACUUCUCAAUCCUAUCGAAGGAGUUCCUCGAUGAUGGCAAAGGCAAUGUGUCUGGAAUUCGAACGGUCAACGUGAAGUGGACAAAAGACGACGCCGGUCGCUGGGUCAUGGCCGAGGAAGAAGGCUCCGAGCAGGAGUUCAAAGCUGAUCUCGUCCUCCUCGCUAUGGGUUUCCUCGGUCCCGAGAAAUACCUCCUUGAGGAGCUCGGCCUCGCGCAAGAUCCCCGGUCCAAUAUCGACACCAAAGGCAGAUACGCCACGUCAGUGCCUAGAGUUUUCGCCGCGGGAGAUUGUCGCCGUGGUCAGUCGUUGGUAGUCCACGCAAUCAACGAAGGUCGGCAGUGCGCUCGUGAGAUCGAUCAAUUCUUCAACCACGGCGAAUCGACCCUGUCAGGACCUGGCGGAAUUCUCCCGACCAUCCGUCAGGAAGGUUAA